AUGUCUUCCUCUACCCAUUUCUCAGACCCUUCAAGCUUCCAGCAACAAUCCAACGGAUUUGUUUCCUGGCUUGAAAGCAAUCCUGGUGUUAAAGUCAACCCAAGGAUCAUUUUAGCGGAUCUUAGAUCUACUGGCGCAGGACGAGGAGUCGUUGCCCGGACGAACAUAUCUGAAGGCGAAGAAUUAUUUUCUAUCCCACGAUCCUUAAUCCUCGCCGUCCAGAACUCAGAUCUGAAGAGUCUUCUGCCGCAAGAUGUCGAGGCGCUCGGUCCAUGGCUGUCCUUAAUGCUGGUCAUGCUCUAUGAAUAUCUGCGUGGUGAACAGUCACGAUGGGCUCCCUAUUUUCGGGUUUUGCCUACCAGCUUCGAUACACUCAUGUUCUGGUCGGAGGCUGAGCUGAACCAGCUGCAAGCUAGCGCUAUCGUGGGCAAAAUUGGCAAGCAGGGUGCCGACGAGUCUAUUCUGCAGUCUAUUGCACCUAUUGUGAGGGCUAACCCGGCUCUUUUCCCACCGAUAAAUGGUCUUACGUCUUUUGACGGCGAUGCUGGUACUGCAACUUUGUUGGAGCUGGCUCAUACUAUGGGGUCCUUGAUUAUGGCCUAUGCCUUUGACAUCGAAAAGGGCGAAGAUGAUGAUGAUGAUGGGGAAGGCGAUGAUGACAAUGAAAGCUACAUGACGGAUGACGAGGAUGAGCAGACUUCUAAGGGCAUGGUUCCCCUCGCUGAUCUACUCAAUGCGGAUGCAGACAGGAACAACGCACGUCUAUUUCAAGAAGAGGAAUCCUUGGUUAUGAAAGCUAUCAAGCCAAUUCAAGAAGGCGAAGAGAUCUUUAACGACUAUGGUGAAAUCCCUCGUGCUGAUCUGCUUCGCCGCUACGGCUAUGUAACCGACAACUACGGUGUGUACGAUGUUGUUGAGCUGUCCUUGAAGGACAUCUGCCAGUCAGCUGGCCUUUCAAACAACGACAUCGAGUCCCAACCCAGACUCCAACUGCUCGAAGAAAAUGAUCUUCUGGAUGACGGCUACGUGAUUCCUCGACCAACUGCCAACGUUACCCUUGAAACUAUUCUUCCGGCCGAGCUAGUUGUUUUGCUCACAACACUCACACAAUCACCUGAAGAGUUUGAGCAGCGUCGUUCGAAGAACAAACCAUCCAAGCCGGCAAUGGAUGCCAAUCAAGCGGGUGUUCUCUACAAGACUUUACAGUCUAAGCAAGCGCAGUAUGGUACUUCGCUCAACGAGGAUAUCAAUCUUCUUACUGGUCUUCUUCCACCAAAUGCUCCGCAAGCACUGGAGGGCUCUGCCCGACGCCAAAAGAUGGCUUUGCAGGUACGCCUCGGUGAAAAAGAAGUUCUACGUGAUGUCCAAGCAAUGCUUGAGCCCCUAGUUGCCAAUGGAUCCCUGAAGCGGUCUGCCAAUGGGGAUGACCAUGACUCCCGACAGAGCAAAUCGGCGCGUGUAUGA